AGUUAUAAAGUAACUGAAGAAGUCUGCCAGGAGGUUUGGUUUGUCAUCUUUUGCAUAUUUUAUAAAUGCAAACAAACAUAACUUUUGUGGGUGGAUUUUCCAGCCAUGUCAUAUUAGAGGCACCAGCACCCUGACAUCUCAGUGUUUACUGUUUUCAGAGGACAGAUAGUGACUUCACCGGCUUAUGGUCGCACUCUCUAUUUAUUCUACCAACAACUACUUGAACAACUACAGCAUGGUGCCCCAAUGUACACAGAUAGAUGACAUGCUGGAGAAGUACUACCUGGCACCAUCUUAUGGCAUAGAGUUCUGCAUUGGUUUCCCUGGAAACCUUUUGGUUGUACUUGGAUACAUAUUUUGUUUGCAAGAGUGGCAGAGCUACAACAUUUAUCUCUUCAACCUAGCAGUGUCUGACCUUAUUUUCCUAUGCACACUUCCACGUCUCUCAUACCUCUAUGCAAAUGGCCAAUCAGAGACAAGUCCCUAUGCUUGCAUUUCCAAUCGCUAUGUCCUACAUGUGAACCUUUACUCUUCCAUCCUCUUCAUGGUUUGGCUUAGCAUGGACCGUUUUCUGCUCAUAAGAUAUCCAACACGGACCCAUUAUCUGCAGAGCCAGCGCUCAGCCCUGAUCAUUACAGGGCUGAGCUGGCUAGCUGUCAAUGUGGAAGUUGCUCCAAUGAUAGCGCUAAUGACCCAGGACCUGCAGAAUGAAAACUUGAGUCUCUGCAAGGAUUUCGCCAGUCUUAAUGGAGACAUCAAUCCAUUCGGAUACAGCCUGGGGCUAACCAUGACUGGUUACAUCCUUCCUCUGCUAGGACUUUGUGGUUUCUCCUACAAAAUUGAAAUGCUACGUGUCCAGGACAGGGCUCUACAACGCAGAACAACAUCAUACAAGCGGCCUCUCAGAGUUGUUAGAUCAGCAGCAGCCAUGUUCCUGGUCCUUUACACUCCCUAUCAUCUGUUGAGGAAUGUAAGAAUUGCAUCUCUGCAGCCCUGGGCCGAGCUGCGGCUGUGUACGAAGAUGUACAUAGAGAGCCUGUACAUCAUGUCCCGUCCAUUGGCCUUCCUGCACAGCGUCAUCAACCCCGUCUUCUACUUCUUUAUGGGUGACAAGUUCAGAGUGCUCCUAUUAUCUAAGUUAAGAAAGCUGGUCAGAAAGCCAAAGCUGCAAAGAGAAUCAACCCUAACAAUUUCACCAUAGAGACACAAGAAGAACACCCAAAAAUCUCAGUUAGCUGUGUCUUUACAUAAUAUAUUGUGUCAAGUUUUUCUUUAAAUACCUAAUGUUAAA